AUGGGAACAGCAGCAAUGAAGCGCUCUUUACUUCUUCACUCUCAGGUUCUGAAGAUUAGGUUUCCAGCUCUGUCAUUGUUGCCCUGCGAGUGUGGUAGGCCUGCCAAAGGAUGCAGAAUAGAAAACUGCGACUCCUGCUUUAGCAGAGACUUUUGUACCAAAUGCAAAACUGGCUUUUACUCGCACAGAGGCCGCUGCUUCCGAGGAUGCCCCCCUGGAUUUGCAGCCUUGGAAGAGCUUAUGGAGUGUGUGGAAGGCUGUGAAGUGGGUCAGUGGAGUGAGUGGGGAACUUGCAGCAGAAAUAACAAAACAUGUGGAUUUAAGUGGGGCCUUGAAACGAGAACAAGACAAAUUGUGAAGAAACCAGCGAAAGACACGAUACCGUGCCCAACCAUUGCAGAAUCCAGACGGUGUAAAAUGGCCAUGAGGCAUUGUCCAGGAGGUAAGUGUAGUCCAUGCCACAAAAAUCUUGAUGAGUUUUCUUUAACUGAAAUGCUAUUUCUAACUUGA